UCCCUCCCUUCUUCCCUCGCAGCCGAGGAGGCAGCAAUUACGCUUUGGGGAUAAAACGAGGCGCGGAGAGCAGGCUGGGGCAUUUCUCCCUGAGAUGGCGGGUCCGACAGCUGCAGCCCUGCGGCCCGGAGUCCUCCUGCUCCUGCUGUCCAUCAUCCACCCCUCGCAGCCUGGAGGGGUCCCGGGGGCUGUCCCUGGAGCCAUCCCUGGAGCCAUCCCUGGAGUCAUCCCUGGAGUAGUUCCUGGAGGCAUUCCUGGAGUUCCUGGAGCCAUUCCCGGAGUAGUUCCUGGAGGCCUUCCCGGAGGAGUUCCUGGAGCCAUUCCUGGAGCAGUUCCUGGAGGAGCCUAUUACCCAGCUCUGGGGCCUGGAGGCAAACCACCCAAGCCAGGUGUUGGAGGACUUGCAGGAGGUAUCCCUGGAGCAGGGCUUGGGACCUUUCCCGCAGGCACCUUCCCGGGGGGUCUAGUGCCUGGCGGAGCGGCUGGCGCUGCUGCGGCCUAUAAAGCUGCUGCCAAGGCUGGUGCUGGGCUUGGUGGUGUUGGCGGCGUUGGAGGUUUCUUAAAUGGCUUAGGAGUGUCUACAGGUGGAGUGGUGGCUCCUGGAGCAGGAGUCGGAGCUGGAGUAAAGCCUGGGAAAGUGCCGGGUGUGGGACUACCAGGUGUAUUCCCAGGUGGAGUGCUCCCAGGCGCAGGAGGUCGGUUCCCAGGUGUGGGGGUGCUCCCUGGGGUUCCCACUGGAGCAGGAGUCAAGCCCAAGGCCCCAGGUGGAGCCGGAGCUUUUGCUGGAAUCCCAGGAGUUGGACCGUUUGGGGGCCAGCAGCCUGGUGUCCCACUGGGAUACCCCAUCAAGGCACCCAAGCUGCCAGGUGGCUACGGACUACCCUACAGCACUGGGAAACUGCCCUAUGGCUAUGGGCCGGGAGGAGCUGCUGGUGCAGCGGCCAAGGCCGGGUACCCAACGGGGACAGGGGUUGGCCCCCAGGCUGCAGCAGCAGCAGCAGCUAAAGCAGCAAAGUUUGCAGGUGCUGGAGGAGCCGGAGUUCUCCCUGGUAUUGGAGGGGCCGGCGCGAUUCCUGGGAUUGGAGGCAUUGCAGGGGCUGGGAUCCCAGCUGCUGCUGCAGCUGCUAAGGCAGCUAAAUAUGGAGCUGCUGGAGGCUUGGUACCUGGUGUCCCGGGAGUUGGAGUCCCAGGUGUUGGAGUUCCUGGCGUUGGAGUUCCUGGUGUUGGGGUCCCAGGUGUUGGAGUCCCUGGUGUUGGAGUCCCUGGUGUUGGAGUCCCUGGUGUUGGGGUCCCAGGUGUUGGGGUCCCAGGUGUUGGAGUCCCAGGGGCUGUGUCACCAGCUGCAGCUGCUAAAGCAGCCUCCAAAGCAGCAAAAUAUGGUCUUGGAGCCAUCCCUGGAGCUGUCCCUGGAGCCAUCCCUGGAGCCGUCCCUGGAGUUGUCCCUGGAGCCAUCCCUGGAGUUGUUCCUGGAGCCAUUCCUGGAGCUGUCCCUGGAGUUGUCCCUGGAGUCCCUGGAGCUGUCCCUGGAGCCAUCCCUGGAGCCAUCCCUGGAGCCAUUCCUGGAGCUGUCCCUGGCAUUUCCCCUGGGGCAGCAGCCGCUAAGGCAGCCAAGUUUGGUGCUGGAGGAGCAGGAGCCCUGGGAGGGCUGGUGCCAGGCGUUGGAGGUUUAGUACCAGGUGUGCCAGGCGCUGGAGGGGUGCCAGGUGCCGGGACCCCAGCAGCUGCAGCAGCUGCAGCAGCCGCUAAAGCUGCGCAAUUUGGGUUAGGCCCUGGCGCUGGCGUGGUUCCUGGCGUUGGCAUUGGCGCCGGUGCUGGUGUAGUUCCCGGCGUUGGCAUUGGCCCCGGCGGUGUUGCAGGAGCAGGGGUGCCAGGAGCAGCCAAAUCUGCUGCUAAGUUGGCCGCCAAAGCCCAGCUCCGGGCUGCAGCUGGCCUUCCUGCUGGCGUUCCUGGGUUUGGACCUGGUGCUGGCAUUCCUGGAUUUGUACCUGGUGCUGGAGUUCCCGGAUUUGGGCCUGGUGUUGGAGUUCCUGGAUUUGGGCCUGGCGCUGGUGUUCCUGGCUUUGGGGCAGUACCUGGAUCUCUGGCUGCCGCUAAAGCAGCCAAAUACGGAGCAGGAGUACCUGGGGCGCUGGGAGUGCCUGGAGGCCUUGGAGUGCCUGGAGGCCUUGGAGUGCCUGGGGCGCUCGGUGGAGUAGGGGUCCCAGGUGGUGUGCCGGGAGCUGGACCUGCUGCCGUGGCUGCUGCCACCAAGGCUGCUGCCAAAGCUGCCCAAUUUGGCCUCGCAGGAGCUGGUGGGCUCGGACCUGGUGGGCUUGGAGCCGGAGGACUGGGACUUGGAGGGCUUGGGCCUGGUGGAGUUGUCCCAGGGGUUGGGGGCCUUGGAGGUGUGUCCCCAGCUGCAGCUGCUAAAGCAGCCAAAUAUGGUGCUGCUGGCCUUGGAGGAGUCCUAGGAGCUGCCAGGCCAUUCCCAGGUGCAGGAGCAAGACCUGGCUUCGGAGUAUCCCCUAUUUUCCCAGGUGGGGCCUGCCUGGGGAAAUCCUGUGGCCGGAAGAGAAAGUGAGCUUCCCAGGACCCCUGACUCACGACCUCAUCAACGUUGGUGCUACUGCUUGGUGGAGAAUGUAAACCCUUGUGACCCACCCCCCCACGCCCCCUCCUAAGUCCCCACCUCUGGAGGGGACAGGGCUGGCCGGGCGGACUUGGAAAUCCACAGGACAAGGAAACAAGAGAACAGUGGCCAAGUGGGCCCCGGGAAGCCCCCUACUUCAGAGGCAAAGAGUGGGUGGGCUUGGCCCCCUGCCCCCACCCCCUUCCCACCAAGGUGCUCCCUCCAUACACUCUGCACCUCCAGGGGAACUUGGUGCUAAGUGCUGGUGCUUCAUCUUCCUGGGGGAGGGAGGAGGGAAGGGCAGCCCCCCGGGGAAGCCUCCUCCCUAGGGCUCCCCUGAAAAUGGUGCAGACACUCUGUGGGCAGUCCUACCUCCCCCUGCCCACCAGGACCCACCCCUGGCUGCGGUCCAGUUGGUACCCAAUCAUCGAAAAACCUCAGGAUGCAUUCGGUCACACCAUCUCUUGGCCCCUUUAAUGCCCCUUCCCCCCACCAGUCGCUAUUCCCCAUGCCCCAGGCACCUUCAGAUCAGAAGAACCCCGAAACAAAUAGCCCUCUUUCUCUUGUGGAAUUCAUCCGCCCAUCUGUCCAUCCAUCCAUCCAUCCAUCCAUCCUUGUCCCCAUUUAACUGCCUGGCACCACAAGCUGGCCGGGCACCCCACCAUCUACCCGGUUAACCUGUCAUGGCAGCCUGUGCCCUGCCUUCGCCCCACUCCACACACCCCUACGAAGGGGCCCGGGGUGUGGGGGCUGUGCCAGCUGGGGCGCAGGAACCCCCUCGCAAACCUGGGUUUCCCCCACGCAGUACUGUAUCCCCCGUCCCUCCCUCGAGCCACUGUACUUCACAGCACUUCCCGCCCCGCCCCGCCCCGCCCAUCUCUUUGUGUCUGGCUGUGAUAGAUCAAUAAAUAUUUUAUUUUUUGUCCUGGAUAUUUGGGGAUUAUUUUUGAUUGUUGAUGUUUUCUCUUGGUUUUACUUUUGUGGUUAAUUGAAAAAAUAUAUAUAUAUAUUUUUUUUUUCUGAUCUGGGGAGCUAUAACCCCAGAAGAAAAUUCAUUUUAAUCACUUUGGUAUAACUCUGGAUGAAACACACAUUUUUUUUAAAUAAGAAAAGAGAAUUAACUGCUUCAAAAAAGACUAAUAAAUGAAAACAUUUUAAAGGAAA